CCACAUGCUGAUCCUGCUUGCUGUGCGCAGAAGUUUGUUCUCCGCUGUCAUGAGUCCCAGAAGAAGCAGCAGUCUUUUCCUUUUGCUUGUUCUGCUGAACCUGAACCUGCAGUGUGUGUCAGGAGGGAAGAUCCUUGUCUGGCCUGCCGAAUUCAGCCACUGGCUCAAUGUAAAAGUCAUCAUAGACACAUUAAUCGAAAGAGGACAUAAUAUCACAGUAGUCACCCACACGGCCACACCGUCUGUCAAAACCACUCCAUCCGAGGGCUACAAUGUGGAGAUUUUACAGGUUCCUCACACAAAGCAGGAGAUCCUGGAGAACAUGGAAAGGAUGCUGAAAUACUGGACUCAUGAGCUCCCGAAUGACAACAUCAUCAAGGCUUCACUGAAGAUCAAGGAGAUGGUUGACAUCGGCACAGAGCAGAAUCAGGCCGUGUGCUCUCAACUCUUUGCCAGAGAAGAUCUCCUCGAGAAGUGGAGAGAAGAGAAGUUUGACGCAUUACUGGCCGACCCAAUGUUCAUGUGUGGGGAGCUGCUGGCAGAGAAGUUGAACUUACCUUUUAUUCUCAGUCUCAGGUUUUCCUUUGGUAACACAUUGGAGAGACUUUGCGCACAACUGCCGGCUCCGCCAUCCUACGUCCCUUCCAUCGGCUCGGAGAAAACAGAUGACAUGAACUUCUUGCAGAGACUGAAAAAUGUUCUCUCCUAUGGUGGACAGGAUUUUGUGUUUUAUCUAGUCACUAAAUCAAAGUGGGAUCACUUUUAUACUGAAAUCCUGGAAUACAGCCACUGGUACAACAUGCGCAACAUCGUGGACGAGCUUCUGAACCGCAAUCACAGUGUGACCGUUCUGGUGAACUCAGCCUCGCCGUCCGUAAACUUCACAGCGCAGGAGAGGUUUCAGUUCCUGGUGUUUGACGUGCCUCUGAAUGCGCACGAGGUGCACAGUGUGAGCGAACAGCUGAUCAACAUCUGGAUGCAGUACCCCACACCAAGCAGGGUCACAAUUGGUCUCCAGAUCGUGGAGUUUACGGGGAAAAUGAUCGAAUUUCAGCGCAUCUUGUGCGACUCCAUGCUGCGUAAUGACGCGCUGAUCGCGCGCUUGAGGGAUCUAAAGUUUGACGUGCUCUUCUAUGAUCCCAUGUUCCUGUGCAGUGACUUGCUGGCGGAGAUUCUGGACCUGCCACUCGUCCUUUCUCUGCGGUUUUCACUGGGGUUUUCCAUGGAGAGGAUGUGUGGACAGAUGCCCUCACCGCCCUCUUAUGUACCGGUUCCUCCGACGGUGAUGACAGAUCACAUGUGCUUCAUGGAAAGAGUGAAAAAUAUGAUUAUGUAUGUUGUUUAUUCCGUCGGGUUUCGGAUGGCCUCGAUGAGAUUGGAUAAUUACUACAGUGAAAUAUUAGGCAAACCUACAACAAUGUGCGAGACCAUGGGGAAAGCGGACAUCUGGUUGAUUAGAACUUACUGGGAUUUUGAGUAUCCACGCCCACUCCUGCCUAAUUUUAAAUUUGUUGGGGGACUGCACUGCAAACCCGCCAAACCUCUGCCAAAGGAACUGGAGAAGUUUGUUCAGAGCUCAGGAGAUCAUGGCAUUGUUGUUUUCUCAUUGGGUUCCAUGAUCAACAACCUGACAUUGGAAAGAUCAAACACUAUAGCUUCUGCUCUCGGUCAGAUCCCACAAAAGGUUAUUUGGCGUUACAAGGGAAAAACACCAGAAACUCUCGCCCCCAAUACAAAACUCUACGACUGGAUCCCACAGAAUGAUUUGCUUGGACAUCCAAAAACGAAGGCCUUCAUUACCCAUGGCGGGACAAAUGGACUGUAUGAGGCUAUUUAUCAUGGCGUCCCAAUGGUGGGUCUACCACUGUUUGCUGACCAGCCUGACAACAUGAUGCACAUGAAAACCAAAGGAGCUGCUGUUGUCCUUGAUAUCAACACAAUGAAGUCCAAAGACCUGGCAGAAGCUCUCAAGACUGUAUUAAAUAACCCCUCAUACAAAGAAAGCAUCAUGAGACUGUCCAGAAUCCACCAUGAUCAGCCGAUAAAACCUCUGGACCAGGCAGUUUACUGGAUCGAAUUUGUGAUGCGGAAUAAAGGAGCUAAACAUCUACGAGUUCAGGCACAUGAACUGAACUGGUUUCAAUACCACUGCCUGGACGUACUGGCCUUUUUAAUCUCAAUUGUUGCACUGAUCACAUUCCUCUUUAUUAAAACGUGCAGUUUCUUUUUCCGUAAAUGUUUCAGAAAGACUCGUCCUGAUGGCAAAGCACAAAAGAAGAAUAAAAAAGAGUGAAUGCAUGUAGCCUUGCCCUCAAUAUUUCUCUACAGAGUCCUUACAUGUGUGUGUGACGGCCUUUUGUAUAUAUUGCAAAUCUACUUAAAGGUACAGACUGCAGUAUGAAAUAUUGAAAGCUAGCGGUUGAAUUGCGUGCUGCAGUCUAAAGUCAAAUUAUUGUUGUUUUUUGUGGGUUUUUUUUGGGUUGUUUACGCCCCUUCCUCUGUCACACGGGUUGCCAGAUUUAUGACAGAACUGUAAUCAAUCACCCAGGUCAUUUCUGAUCCAACGCGCUGUAUUCCACCAACUGGCAACCUGGUGUGCCGAAAUACUAUUGGCUAAAUUGGCAGUAGGCGGGAUCACAGACCAAAACAAAAACAGACAUUCUGACCGGGAAAGCACAUUUCAAAACUGGCAGCAUUGUUUUUCUGAGAACCUGUUGAAUUAAGCAUGUUUCUUAAAUAUAUGUAAACAUAUGACAUUUUUAAGGCUUUCUACAGUUAACAAAAUUACAUAUAGCACCUUUAAUGAAACAAAUACAUGUGAAUGUUCAUGUAAAAUAAACAUAUUACUUGAUUUGCCAUGCCGUUUUUCCUAUGUAAGAAGAGUAACCGGCAGUUCUGGGAGGUAAUUGAUUAUAAGUAAUCUAGAUUAGAUUUAGAAAAUAAAAUAUUUGUUAUUACAAUAAAUGACAUUUUAAAAUGCU